AGUGGUGGGGUGUGUUAAGUCAGAAAGAACCUAUAAAAUCUGAUCCAUUUUGUGUGUUGGAUUAGUGGAGGCAUGUGAAACGGCAAAGCAAAGGUCGCAGCUGCUGCUGAAUCUGGUUUAACGCAACGCAACAUUCUCCAUCAAAUCAAAUCAAAGUUCCAGAUUUGGUGGCAAUGGAUAAUAGGGACAACAAAUCGCCUCCUCCUCUCCCACCUUCUUCUUCCCGUUACGUGAAAUCGGAACAACAAGCUUCAUUAUCAGCAUCGUCGUCGUUCAGCCACGACGACAUAAGCGGAAUGCCGGAGAAUCCACCGAAGAACAGAGGGCACAGGCGCGCCCAUUCGGAGAUUAUAACCCUACCCGACGACCUCACCUUCGACGUUGAUCUCCCCGAUGACAACGACUUGCUUUCCAUCUACCUUCAAUUCGAUCAACUCGAUUCCUCUCCACUUCCUCUUCCUCCUCCACCUCAACACAACAGCAUUGCUAAUAAUAAUAAUAAUAAUAAUAAUAAGAAUAAUAAUAAUAAUAAUGAAAGGCCUACUAGGGUUCGACACCAACACAGCCUCUCCAUGGAUGGCUCCAUCCACCCGGAUAUGCUGCUCUCCGCUACCGCUGCCGCUGCCGAUGAUGUCUCCGGUGGUGGCAUCGACACCAAAAAGGCUAUGUCUGCUGACAAGCUUGCUGAGCUUGCCUUAGUUGAUCCCAAGCGGGCUAAAAGGAUAUGGGCAAAUAGACAGUCUGCUGCAAGAUCAAAAGAAAGGAAGAUGCGUUACAUUUCCGAGCUUGAAAGGAAAGUGCAGACAUUGCAAACUGAAGCAACUUCCUUGUCUGCACAAUUGACUCUCUUGCAGAGAGAUACAACUGGAAUGACUGCUGAGAACAGUGAGUUGAAGUUGCGGUUGCAAACCAUGGAGCAACAGGUCCACUUGCAAGAUGCAUUAAAUGAUGCAUUAAAAGAAGAAAUUCAGCAUUUGAAAGCACUGACUGGACAAGUUAUGCCAAAUGGAGGACCGGUAAAUUUUGCUUCAUUUGGUGGGGGGCAACAAUUCUAUCCCAACAAUCAGGCUAUGCACACUCUUUUAGCUGCACAAAAGUUUCAACAACUCCAAAUUCAUUCCCAAAAGCAGCAUCAACUUCAGCAGCAACAGCAAUUUCAGCAACAACAGCAAUUUCAGCAGCUGCAACAGCUGCAACUGCAGCAGCAACAACAACUGCAACUGCAGCAGCAGCAACAACAGCAGCAGCAGCAACAACAGCAGCAGCAGCAGCAGCAGCAGCAGCAGCAGCAACUGCAACUGCAGCAGCAGCAGCAGCAACAGGAACAGUAAUAUCAACAAAUGGGGGACAUGAAUAGGGAGGGGACACACCUCAUCAAAUGUACUUCAGCGGCAGAGGAUUUUAGAGACUACAAAUUGCUUUCUCUUCAUCACUUUACCCUUGUGUUUAGAGUUUGUUUAGGUCACAGUCAUUAUAUUUCUUAUUCAUGAAACGGUACAGAUAGUCCUAGUUAGAGAUUGAGAAUUAUGCAUUGGAUCUUGGCUAUGUAAAAUUCUUUGGCACCUUUGGUUAUGAAUAUGCGGGGCGGAUUUAUGUUUGUUAAGUCUUACAAUUGCUUUUGCCUAUGGCUAUGCCUGCAUAAGUGGUCUGUUUAGAUUAAAAAUCACGUUGUCUCGCAAUUUCCACCGGAAUUGCCAUAUGUACUCCUAAACUAGGAUACCAACGAAACACCUGGGGUGUUUAGUAGAGGGGGUUUCCUUUUAAGUUUCUCUUAGGUUGUUAAUGUUAAAUUUCUAUAUUUGCUAUGACAAUUUUAAAAAUUAUUCUCAGAAA